UUUUGUAGCAUUAAGUCGUCAGAUACAUUUGCAUGUAUUAUCGCUUCUGUAAUGUCACGGUUAAUGCGCGCAUUGUUUUCCUGUGAAGUUUUGAUUUAACUAGGGAAAACUACUCUCUGAAACUGACCGCCAUAUCAGCACAAGGAUGUGACAAGAAUUAUCCUCAGAAAAGUGACAAGAUUUCUGAAGAAAGAAAUAUACAUUGCAAAGUGACGAGAAUAUUCAGAGGAGACACCUCGUCAAGGGAAGAAAUUGCUUUUUUUCUCGCUGAUUAGGAGACUGGCAAUGUUCCUUUCCACCACCAGACGAUGUCAGAGAGGCGUCGUCUUGGCAGGGUGUUUUGUCCUAUGCUUUUGUAUCUUGUUUUUGGAUAAGUAUUCUCAGCUUGUAAGAGAGGAGGGGUAUGCAUUUGAACUCAAUGGAGUCAUUGAGAUGGACCAUUACAAACAUUCAGAUGUCAAUGAAGUAAUAGCCAUUGGGUUGUCAAAGAAAAUUCGCAUAUUGUGUUGGAUUAUGACGUCACCACAGAAUUUGGACCUGAAAGCAGUUGCUGUAAAAAAUACAUGGGGAAAGCGAUGCAACAAAGUUUUGUUCUUCAGCAGUAAAACAAACACUUCUUUCCCGACCAUCGGGCUCAAUACAACGGAGGGACGAGAACAUCUGACGGCGAAGACCAUGCAGGCGUUUCGCUACUGUUACGAACAUUACGGAACCCAGUUUGAUUGGUUUUUGAAAGCAGACGAUGACACUUACAUAAUUGUAGAGAAUCUACGAUAUUUUCUAUCUCACCACGAUCCAAAUUCCUUGCAAUAUUUUGGACACAAAUUUAAGGUGAUAGUGAAACAAGGGUAUUUUAGUGGAGGAGCUGGAUAUAUAUUGAGCAGGAAAGCUCUAGAAAAAUUCGUGAUAGAAGGUCUCUCCGGUUCAGUGAAAUGCAGACAAGACGGCGGUGCAGAAGACGCAGAAAUUGGUAAAUGCAUGCAGAAUCUUGGCAUAAAAACUGGAGAAUCACUGGAUGUUUACGGAAGAGAAACUUUCCACCCGUUUAACCCUAGCGCUCAUUUAAGAGGUCUUUACCCUCCCUGGUUUUACAAUAACGCAGCCAGCUAUCCCAAGAAGGGCCUUGGGUGUUGUAGUGACUACAGUAUAUCAUUUCAUUAUAUGUCGCCUCCUGACAUGUUUGUCAUGGACUAUUUGCUGUACCAUUUACGUCCGUACGGAAUCAUACAGGACGUACGUAAAACACGGACGUUCUACGUAAAACACGGACGUUCUACGUAGAACACAGUGCUGAACAGUCGUCUGCUGAUCUGAAUUCAUAAUGCGAAUCAUCUCGCUUUGGUCCACUAAGUAAACCAGAUUCGAAUCCCAGCUCCUCUUAAAUUCUAGCCUACUAUCAAUGCAAUGCAUAGCAGCUCUCUGACAUUUCGUGCGCGGGAAGAAUCGGAGGUCCCAACGUGACCAAUGUUUAGCGUUUACUUUUUGCUAUUCAUAAAAAACAUUACGACAUGGCAAUUUAAAAUAUCUUCGAUACCUACAAUAAGUUUACAAAACACGUAUCCCAGAGUAACUGAGAAUGGCACCGCACUUGCAUUUUCUUCAAAACUGGGUCAUGUGAAUGUUCAUUUACAUCGGAAUACUGUUUCCUUUGGUUUGUUUUAAAUUAUAUUCAUGUAUCCCUGUAUUUGUUAAUACAGGUGUAGAACCUGUAUUAACAAAUACAGGGAUACAUGUACCAUAUCCUAGAAUAGAUUUUUAGCAUAUUUAAACGUUUACUGUUAUUUCUUGUUAUAUACUUACUAUCUAUGUUUUAUGCUGUUUUCAAUAAAUUUUUAUGAAUAUAAAA